AGUUGUCGGUAUCAAUUGAGUGAACAUGAUGUAGUUGCCCGCUAAACUGACUCAUGGCAAGAUUGAGGAGCAGAUCGAAGCAAAUUUUGCUUUGACACCCUCGGGCGACCAAUUAAGCGAAAGCCAACUUUAACGUGCCCAUGUGUUUCGAGCUGGUAGGCAUCGUGCUACCACGGACUGGAAGUCGACUCCUGGACAUGGAUAGUAUCAGGAUAUGGAUACACCUUUCGCUAAAGCGUUUGCCGAUCUUUGCCAGCUCAUUCGUUCACCAGCACUGCAGGAGUCGUUACUGAUUGUUUUUGGUCAUGACACCGAGACGCGUCAAUAUGAACUCGAGCGCAAGAUUCGUGAAGAUGAGGCGUCAGAGUCCAUCGAUGACCAACUGCGUGUAUUCUUCGAUACUGUGCUGGCUUCGUUAAUACAGGAGCGCGAGACGACUUUUGUUAAUACCAUCCACGAGUGCGUUCAACAGGAAAUGCAGACUCAACAAGUAGUCAUUCAAAACCAGCAGCAACGCAUAACUCAACUCGCACAUCAAAUAAUGGAAUGGGAGAAGCAGGUGGCCCAUUUGAAAGGUAAAGUCAAUCGGCGAGUAGCCGAAAACAACGCUCUACGCAAGGAGCAGUACAGACAAUUGCUUAUGUUACGAGAUAUCAUGAGCAAACAAGGGACAGAACCGGGUGCGUUAUCAGCUCUGAACGAGGCUAUUGGUACAGUUUUAGUCGGUAAGCAGACACCAGCAUCGGACACCGCGCAGACUAACGAACUGGAUCAAUCCAGAAAUUCUGGACGUGGUUGGUUAGCCAAUGCAAACACGCAGGUCUUACAUCGCGAGAAGGAGAAAUGGGAACAACGUGCCCGAGAGGCUGCGCUCGAGUGUCAACAACUGCGAGAUAGAGUUGCUUCUUUGACCCAAGAGAACACUAGAUAUCGAGCUAAUGAAUCCACGCCCUGGUUCUUAAAACCCGAGAAUGCCAUUGCAGAGCGAAGGCGAAUCGCAGACGCGGUGCGUUCGUAUCAAGGCAAUUGGGAAGAGAUUGGUGAUUCACUCGUUGAACUUCUGAACAACGAUAUUCUAUGGGCGGCAGUGGAGAAAAGUGCUCGUCGCGGCAAUCGACGUAGUGCAAGAGGCCUUGAGGCGAUGCUAACGAAUCUUGAUAGCAAUACACAGACUGCUUCUAUUGAACAAGAGAAUAAUCUGGAGAAAGUUGAAGGCCCAGUUGUUCAUCAUUCGGGAAAACACAGUCACUGCAGAACAGUAGGUUUUGGAGCUGAAGACUCAAUUGGAGAUGGCAACCAACACGCUAGCGUUGGAGGAGAAGCUUUUGUUAGUUUACUUCCGUUAGCUGUCGAGUACUGUAUGUACACGGCAGAGCUACAGUAG